AGCCCUCUAAGGCUGGCCCAUCACAGCCAGUUGUUCUUUUCUUUUUUCUCUCCCUCCUUUUUUUGGGAGUCCUGUUUUUUCUCGCCCUGUGCCUGCAGUCCUAGUGUGAGUGGGUGUGUCGAUGCGGGCCAGUGUAGCCUAGUCGCAGCUUGUGCGCACUCUGAAAAAGAGGAAAAAGUUGAUGAUGAGUUUAGUGUGAAAGCGGCCCGCCUCGGAGCAGGCUAACCGUACAGGAAUGGCAGUUUGGACCAGAGCGGAUAAAAACGGUCAACUGGACCUUCUGCUCCGCGACCGCUGGAUCCGAGUGGCCGCCGAACUCACCCGAGAAACGCUGACUUUAACGGCCGAAGCGGAUGCAACCGGACAGGGGGGCAAUCACUGGGACUACAACAACUCUUCGGCGGGCCUGCGAAAUGGCAUGUCGAACGGAAACGACCCGGGAGCGAGUCCGGGGAACCCUGGCCGCGGUCCGUCCUCGGGUCAAGACCAACUCCAGAACCAGAACCACGGGGGCAGGGGGCGCAGCAGCAGCCCGGGGCGCGGGGGUGUCAGCCGGGGUCAAUAUGACGGCAACUACGGUUUAAGCAGCCCUGGAAAGUACCCGAAUAACGGCACAAACUCUGACUUUGGAAGCCCCGGAUCCAGCUACGGCAGUCCCGGGUCCAGCUUCGGGUCAAGGCAAGGCGACGUCCCCGUCAGUCUGGACGGUUCCUCUGAGGCUGUGCGGAAGGUCCGAGUUGUCAAACAGGAGUCUGGCGGGCUGGGGAUCAGUAUCAAGGGGGGGCGCGAGAACCGGAUGCCCAUCCUCAUCUCCAAGAUCUUCCCGGGGCUCGCUGCCGACCAGAGCCGGGCUCUCCGGGUGGGCGACGCGAUCCUGUCGGUGAAUGGGAACGACCUCCGGGAGGCGACACACGACCUGGCGGUCCAGGCGCUUAAGAAGGCGGGGAAAGAAGUAACGUUGGAGGUGAAGUACAUCCGCGAGGUUUCUCCGCUCUUCAAGAAGCCGUCCCUAGUGGCCGACCUACCGUGGGACGGCGUCCGCCCACAGUCACCCAGCUACAGUGGCAGCGAGGACUCCGGGUCGCCCAAACACAGCAGCUCCUCAUCCUCCAAAGACAGAAAAGUGAUAAGCCUGAAGAUGUGCUACAUCAGCAGGAACCUCACCAUGCCAGAUCUGGAGAACAGACUUCUUGAGCUCCAUUCCCCAGAUGGCCAACACACGGUGGUGCUGCGCUGUAAGGACGGCCCCACUGCCAACUCCUGGUUCACUGCCGUCCACACCAACAUUGCCGCACUGCUGCCUCACACCCUGGCUCACAUCAACGCUUACCUAGGGGCCUCGUCUUCGUCCUCCACGCACCCCCAUCUCAAACACAUUGGCUGGUUGGCCGAACAGGUCCAGCUGGAAGGUGGACGGCAGCAGUACAAGCCAGUGGUCAUGGCACUGACCGAGAAGGACAUCCUGCUAUUUGAAUCAGUGCCGUGGAGCAGAGAGUCCUGGUCCAUGCCUCUGCUCACACACCCGCUGCUAGCCACAAGACUGGUUCAUUCUGGCAGCGCCCGGGGUUCUCCCGCCCAGGGUUCAGACCUGGUGUUCGCCACUCGGACGGGCACAGGGCGGGGCAUCGAGUCCCACAUCUUCCGAGUGGAGACCCACUGGGAUCUGUCUUCAUGGACGCGAGCCCUCGUGCAGGGGGCACAUGCUGCCGCUGAGCUCAUUAAAGAGGUCUCCAUUGGUUGCACGUUGAACAGACAGGAUGUUCGACUGACGCUGCACUAUGAGAAGGGCUUCACUGUGACGAGGGAGCCGGCAGAUCCAGCCGGGGGUGCUGUGCUGUUCAGAUACCCCUACGAGAAGCUCAAAAUGUCCGCCGAUGACGGAAUACGCAACCUCUACCUUGACUUUGGGGGUCCAGAGGGAGAAAUGGUAUUUGACCUCCACUCUGGUCCAAAGCCAGUGGUGUUUGUCCUCCACUCCUUCCUGUCAGCCAAGCUCACUCGUAUGGGCCUCCUGACGUGAAACAACCAACAGCAGCAGUGUGGACCAGAGGACGUGCCCAGGCACAGCGAGGAGGGGGGAGACGCUCCCAAAAUGCUGAUACCGGGGGUUGAUUCUUUAUUUUAAUUUUUUUUUCCAAUUCCUCCAUUCACAGCUGAAGCUGCAGGGAAGAUUUAACCCACGAGUUGUAUUGUCAAUUGUCUAGAAAUCGUGCCUUCUCUUCCAAACUUUUCCUUGCAGUUAUUUGGAUUGCGAGGUCAGGUAAAAGGAAGUGGCACUUUGCUUGAAGUCAUGAGGUGUGAGGAGACAGUCACAACGUGCAAAAAAUAGCUAUUAACAAUCUCAUAACAUUCCAUGUGAUAAUGUAUUAAAUUUAAUUAUCUGAUAUGUUAAAAAAAUAAAAAAGUUAAGAUGCUGUGAUGUGCUUAUGAGAUUCCAUUACCAGUGCACUUCAAGCAAAGUGUUGCUAAAAUAUAUUAUGGAAAGGAAGGAUUUUUAGACAACUAAUACACAGCCAAGCACAGACUGGUAAACGCUCCCUGUUUUUACUCUAUGCCUAUCAUUCCGUGACAGCCUUCCAAUGUACUUUGGGCUCUUUUUAAUGUAUUUGUGUCUGUGUAGACGUGUGAGUGAAUUACGCUGUUUUAGAGUCAGAGUGCAGUUAACUAAACAGAGAUUAUGUGAAUGAAGAAAGGUCUGUGUGUGUGUGUGUGUGUGUGUGUCUAUACUACACGCUUCUGUUGGCUUGAUAGUGUGCCUGCUGUCUGACAGACCCACCUUUUAGCACAUUAUCCCAAACUACUGUUGUAAUCAGGAUUGCCAACUGUGCCUUUUUACAUGUAGUCAGAGACACUCUUUGUAAUGUUUCCUUUUUUUUAAUUUCACACAAUAAGAGAAUUUCAAGCUUUCAACAUGUGCAAGCAAUAGUAUUACUCUUAUAGUGUAAACCAUGUUACUUUGUUUUUAUGGCGUUUGUUUUUUUAAGUGUAUACUCAAUGAUAGCAUGACUUCCUGACAUUGACCUCUGUAUCAGACGAUGAUAUACGACAUGUGUUACCUCCCCUUCUUUACCUACACUACCACGUUGUCUCCGUCUCACUGUCGCCAUCAUCUCAUUCCACUUUCCUUGAGAUUACUGGUCUCUUGUUACCAUUCCUACAGCAGCGUUUCUCUGGCUAAGGACUGUUUCACAGGCUCAUGUCAAGGUGGGCCACCACAUGACAGAAGUACCAUUGUAUUUUCGUAAUCCGAACUACAGUGGUCAAACACGUCACACCUCCUCUGAACCCCUGCAGAAGGGAAGUUACUGUACACUUUAUGUCCUUUAGCUUAUUGUGGUCCUUUCCUUCCGUUUUUGUCUCAAGUUUAAGAAAAUGAUCUUAACUCCAGGUCCAAGACUGGCUUUCUUUUUGGAGCUCUCAGUUACAUAUAAUGGUCUCACUUGUCAUAUAGAUGACUCAGCUGUAAUUACGUGACCGAAGCCUAGAACUUAAAGGUUGUGCGUAUGGCAUGCAGAUCACUAAUAUAGCAGCAAACCACUAUUUACUAUGUAAAGAUAUAGUGGAGUAAAGACAUUGUGAGCAGAGAACAAAGUUAUGCUCCCUCUGUGUGUGGUGUUAUCUGAGCUUCUCUGUGGUUUGUUGUGGUAAGCUGGCCCGUGCAUGUUAGUGCAUGUGUGUGUCCCACUGCAUAGCUCAUCGCCAUCACUUUGCACUGCGUUCAUAGGGCGGUUACUGCUGAUAUCGGGAGUUAGUUAGCGGCCACCUCCCAGUUCCCCCUGGUUAACACUGUUGUUGCUCUGUCAGCACUGUUGCUGUUAUUUAGCACUGUUUACAGAGUUAGCAUCAUUAGCUGCUAGCCACUGGCUCAGCCACCUCCAUUUUGGGAACCAUGUCCAGACAGCUCAUACGCUCUGAAUUUAGCAUGGAGUCCCUUUAACUCACGUUGUAGUAGAUUGGGGGCGAUGGUCUCUGCUAUCAGACGUGAAUGACUCCUUGACCUUUCUCCAGCUGUCCACUAACAUUGAUGAGAUUUUGCCCAUUUCCUAUUCAAUGCUUUUGGUCUGGAGUAGUUUUUAUCAAACGUCUGAGAUUAUUAUUAUUAUUUACACUAACAACAGAGCCAACUGAGGUCAAGUGUGAGGUCACUUGACGACAACUGAGCAAACUCCAUCCACUGAUGAAGACAGUGAGGUGCAGUUAAAAGCUCUGGAAAAAAGUUAGUAAAUGGACCUAGAGUUAAGGUUAUUUGUUAAACUACCGUUUCCAAGCUCAAGAAUAAACGUUUACGCUCUUAUGAAACUUUAUUUUUAAAGUUUCCGCCAAUAGUAAAUACCACCAAAACAGACAUUUAUUUAUCUAUUUUACGUACCACUUUUGGUACAGUACCCCUAUAUUAGUUCAUUUUUUAAAUUGUUACUAAAAUUGAGGUGGGUUGAAGUUAUCUAACUAAACUCAAUACAAUCUUCUCUUCAGUUCUUCUGUUCAGUCCGGUGCCUGUGUUAUGGAGACAGAUUUAUCUCAGUAUUAUUUGUGUGAGAUGAUCGACAGUCUGUGUGUAAAUCUGUAGAUCUGUAAAUAUCAAACAAUUUUCACAAAUACAAAAAAACCCUAAUCCUUUUUGUAAACUUGCAAAAAUACUUUGCAUAUAUAAAACAGAAUGGAAAAUACACAAACAAAUUCCAAAACUUUAAGAAAAAGACUGAGUGUGCAUAAUAUGCGUAGACUUGAGAUUCACAAGUAAAAGCUGGUUUGAAAGCUGUAGAUUUCAGGAAUAUAUUUACAAAUGCUUUUCAUUUAUUUGUAACCUAAAUGUAUUUGUGUAUUUGCAGAUCCAUUUUAUAUUAACAACACAGAUUUUUGAGUUUACAAAUCUUUUUUUGUAUUUUAUAUGUAUGAAUUACACAUUAACACAGAUUGUUGAUCUGAACUGAACACAAAUAAUACCGAGGCAAAUCUAUUUCCAUAUUGUGUUGAGACCUUAUCGUUUAUAAAUUCAGCAUGACUGUAAUUAACAUUUUCAUAACUCUCUGCUGGAUCAUGGUACAAGUUGCUAAAGCAGCCCUUCCCUUCAGUAGAGCCUCUGUGUUCUUUUGGGUUUCAAACAAUGUCCCAUUGUGUCCACUGACCGUGCAACAUAGGAGAACAAGAUAUCCCCUCUGUCCUCGGAUAAGGAACACAGUCACCACUCUGAAUGACCUUUAUUCUAUUUUGGACGCUGAUGUCCUUGUGAUGGUUUAAACAACUUUUUGGGGGGCUUUUUUAUGUAAGCUAACUAGUUGUUGUAGCUUAUAGUUCUUUUUCAAGCUAUAGUCAGUAGGCGAGGCAGACUUUGCUUCCCCUAAACUAUUAUCUGCAUGUGGGAGGUUCGAGUUAUUAACCACACUUUUAAUUUUAUGUCAAUCGUGUUCCUCUAACUCACUGCACAGAUCUGAUUGUCUUAAGUUGGUCAACCUUCAACGAGCUACAGGCCGUCCCUCUUCGAGCUUGAUGCACUAACCUAACAAACCCCUUUAAAUCUGUGAAUGUACACCUCCCCUCCUCUUCCAGGUGAUUAUUUUUCAUCCUUUUUCUCUAUAUGUUCUGAAAUCGUGGCUAUCCUGUCUAUGCAAAGCAAUGCUUCAAAGAAGGGGUUUUUGAAACCAAAGGUAAUAUCUGUGGCAGCUUGCGUCCAACACAAUCAUUGAACUGAAAAGUCACAACAGGAUAAAGUGCUGCUGCAACAACCUGUCAUAUGCAAAGUAUUUUAGACUUCCUUCCAAGAUACAGUAUACAAUGUACGAUAGCAAUGUAAUAAUCUCAAAUGUAAAUACCUACCAAUAAAACCGUUACAAAUUA